GGGAGGCUCAUUCAGAGAAACUGCUGUCAGACAAACUGAAUGUAUCUUCGAAUCCAGGCCAGGAUCAAGGAGUUGUAAUGGCGGGACAAGGAUUUCAAGGUGCACUGAGGGUCAUGCUCCUUGUGUGUCUCCUUGGACUAACACAAGAGUUUGAACUUGAGGACAAAGACUGGGACGAGUUGAGGUCUGAUGUGGCUGCGCUGCACAGAUUGAAAGGAUUACCUGAUCAAAUGACACAUAGGACCACAGGAGCAGACACCAGAGAGAUAACAAUGCACGGGACCAGGACAAAGAGAUUCAGCAAUUACAGGGCAUAUGUGGAGAAAAAGCCCAUGGCUUUAUUUGAUGGUCUUAGGGGAUGUGACAAUUUUACAACAUGCGUCAUUCAAAUGGACCAGGAUUUUGAAAGGUUUCUGGAAGAAAUUGAUGGACAAAAGAUCCAAGAUUUGCUGCUGUCUGCUUCUGAAAUGUCUUACACCUACAGCAACAAACUUCUCCUUAUAAUGGACAAGGAAGAGUGGACUCGUCAGCGAGUAGAAGAGGAGUACAGCAUAGAUCCUCAUUAUUCAGUAAUGGUAAUGAGCAGGAGAACGUACUCUUCGGUGGCAUCAAGGAUGAUGCACUGGAUGGAGGGGCCGGCCAUGACACCUUGCUGGGGGGUCAGGGCAAUGACAUCCUGAUUGGGAACAUAGGAGAUGACACUCUUUAUGG